GGGUGUUUCCGUCAUUUGGUCUACGUUUUGUCUACAUCUUCUCUCCUUUGACGUUGAAAAAGCCAUCUCUUUCCUUCGUUCAUUCCCACACAGAUACAACAAGACUCGCUCUUUCAUUCUCCUCUCUUUCUUUUUGCCAGUGUCUUUCAACCAUACGAAAAGCAUAUAACCUUUGGUAUUUCUUUCUUAAUCGACUUAACGAGUUUUCUUUUUUAGGAUCAGAUGGAACAAUGGGUGGCUCCUUAAGAGAGAAAGAUCCUGUCUUUUAGCUGAGUUCUCUUUCAUCAUCUUUGUGGGAUAUAACAUUUGCUUUGUGUCACUGAAUGGCGUCCGAGAAACCGGUCGAGGAUGUGAGUGUUGUUGCGGGAUCAAAGAAAGAGGAAGACAAUGUUCAUCUUGAGAAUCACAGGGACAAGAACAGACCCGAGGCUCUUGACUUAUCUACCGAGAAAACUGACAAUGCCAAUGAAAAUGCUCCAAAAGAUGAAGCCUUGACGCCGGAAGCAGACCUCCCUGAGUCUGUUACUUCAGUGAAGAGUAAAACAUCCAAGGAUAACAAAACCGUUAAGAGAAAGUCAGGGACUUUUUCUCGGAGCCCGAGGUUCAUGUCUCAGAGCUCUUCGUUUCCAACUAGAGGAGCGAAUACUGAUAUCACUAGAAAGAGCAUUGAUGCAACUCCACCAAAGGCUGCUACUCCUAAACCCGUCGUUGCAAGUGGAUCUAAAGCAAAGGCAAUUCCAUCUCCAAGCAGUGUUGGUGUUUCCACAAAGCGCAACAGUUUAGUAUCUGUGCCCCUCAGAAAGCAAGCUACGCCUGUGAAACCCAUUUCUAAAGAUGCAGCUUCAGUCCCUACUUCCAAAUUGGGAGAUGAAGUUUCUAAACCCACUAAAGAUGAAAUUGCAGGCAAGGACAAUGAAGAGGCUCCAUUAACAACCCCUGUGGUGGAAGAUAAAGUAUCUAAACCCCUGAAAGGUGAAAGUGCAAGCAAGGAAGAUGACGACACACGUUCAACUACCACUUCAACUUCUACACCACGUGGGCGGAGAAGCAGCGUAGGGUCUGCGUCUGGAUUUUCGUUCAGGUUGGAGGAACGGGCUGAAAAACGGAAGGAGUUCUAUAUGAAACUAGAAGAGAAGAUCCAUGCUAAGGAAGUGGAGAAGACCACAUUACAGGCGAAAUCAAAGGAGAGUCAGGAAGAAGAGAUCAAAAGGUUGAGGAAGAGCUUGACGUUCAAGGCUGGUCCCAUGCCUAGUUUCUACAAAGAGCCCCCACCUAAGGUUGAAUUAAAGAAGAUACCUACCACUCGUCCUAAAUCUCCAAAGCUAGGACGUAGAAAGAGUAGCAGCGAUGCAACAGGAGUUAGUGAAGCUGGUCCUCGUGUGAUGAAACCAAAAGACUCAUCAUCAUCUACAUUGAAGAAACCCAUAGCAAAGUUGUCUCAGCCAAAGCUUGAAACUCAAGUGAAGUCAGUGAAGGCCAAAGAAAAGAAAAAGGAAGGGAAGAAGGAAGAAGUAGAGAAAAGAAGAGAGGAAGAGAAGGCUUCUUCUGUGGCUGCUAAACCGGAAGAGAAGAAAGAAGAAUCAGAGAAAGGAGAGGAAGAGAAGGAUUCUUCCGUGGCUGCUAAACCUGAAGAUAAGAAACCGAACUCAAACAACAUUCAAGUGAAGGCUGAGAUUAUGGCAAGUGAAGUUGCAGUGGGAGGCUGAUGAAAGCAAAGAGAGCGUUUGGCAGCGAUCUCUUAUGUUUGCGUAUUCUUCUUUUUCAAAAGCAUUAAUGUGUAUAGAGUUGUUGCAUUGCGUCUACUUUUGAGAGUUACUCUCCAUUUCUUCAGUUUUUAUUUUUUUUGGAAACUAAGACUCAGAUUGUUUCUUAAUAUAUGGUCUCUAAUAUUUGUUGAAUUUCAAAUAUGUGUAACUUAUAUAUGUUUUAUGAGGAUGAGAUGUGUGUGAAUUUGAGAAGUAGAACAAUGUUGAGUUUUGCAAAUUGUUUAAUGUUG